GACAGCGGAUUCGACCAAUCAUACGCGGCAACGACGCAAACGCCUCGGAGUCAGCCAAUAGAAAGCUGCUUGGGGCGGGACGCUCGUCUGACACUGAUUCAGUCGCAGGAGGAAACUAAAACAGUAGUUUGACACCGUGCCGAAGACAUGUGUGGAAUAUUUGCGUACCUAAACUAUCACGUCCCUCGCACCCGCCGUGAGAUCCUUGAGAUCCUGCUGAAAGGUCUACGGCGGCUGGAGUACCGCGGCUACGACUCGGCAGGUGUGGGCAUCGAUGGAGGAAACAGUAAGGACUGGGAGAGCAAUGCUAAAACCAUCCAGCUGAUCAAACAGAGAGGCAAAGUCAAGGUCCUGGAUGAGGAGAUCCACAAGCAGCAGGACGUUGAUUUAGAUGUCGAGUUUGAUGUCCACCUUGGUAUCGCACACACACGCUGGGCCACACACGGCGUUCCCAGUCCCGUCAACAGCCACCCACACAGAUCUGACAAACACAACGAGUUCAUUGUCAUUCACAAUGGAAUCAUCACCAACUACAAAGACCUGAAGAAGUUCCUGGAGAGUAAAGGUUAUGAGUUUGAGUCAGAGACCGACACGGAAAGCAUCGCUAAGCUGGUGAAGUACAUGUACGACAACCGCGAGAACGAUGAGGUCAGCUUCGCCACACUCGUGGAGCAGGUCACCCAGCAGCUGGAGGGAGCCUUCGCCCUGGUGUUCAAGAGCGUGCACUUCCCGGGAGAGGCUGUGGGAACAAGGAGAGGAAGUCCACUGUUGAUGGGUGUGAAGAGCGACCACAAGCUCUCAACGGAUCACAUUCCCAUCCUCUACCGCUCAGGUGAAGCUGGUAAGGACAAGAAGAGCUGCAGUGGUUCUCUACCCAGGAUGGACCAGGACACCUGCCUGUUCCCUGUGGAUGAGAAGGCUGUAGAGUACUACUUCGCCUCUGACGCCAGUGCCGUGAUCGAACACACGAACCGAGUCAUCUUCCUGGAAGACGACGACAUCGCUGCUGUGUCAGAAGGUCGUCUGUCCAUCCACCGGAUCAAACGCAGAGUGGGAGAUCAUCCGGCUCGCGCCAUCCAGACCCUGCAGAUGGAGCUGCAGCAGAUCAUGAAGGGUAAUUUCAGCUCCUUCAUGCAGAAGGAGAUCUUCGAGCAGCCGGAGUCUGUCGUCAACACCAUGAGAGGCAGAGUGAACUUCGAUGACAACACAGUGACAUUAGGAGGACUGAAAGAUCACAUUAAGGAGAUCCAGAGAUGUCGGAGACUCAUCCUUAUUGCAUGUGGAACCAGUUAUCAUGCAGGAGUAGCAACCCGUCAGGUGUUGGAGGAGUUAACCGAGCUGCCCGUCAUGGUGGAACUGGCCAGCGACUUCCUGGAUCGCAACACACCCGUCUUCCGGGACGAUGUGUGCUUCUUCAUUAGCCAGUCAGGCGAGACAGCAGACAGCCUGAUGGCACUGAGGUACUGUAAGGAGCGCGGCGCCCUCACCGUGGGCAUCACCAACACCGUGGGCAGCUCCAUCUCCCGCGAGACUGACUGCGGUGUCCACAUCAACGCCGGGCCUGAAAUCGGAGUGGCCAGCACUAAGGCGUACACCAGUCAGUUUGUGGCCCUCAUCAUGUUCGCCCUGCUCAUGUGCUCCGACAGAAUCUCCAUGCAGCCCAGGAGGCGGGAGAUCAUUCAGGGCCUCAAAGUGCUGCCAGACCUGAUAAAGGAGGUGCUGAGUCUGGAUGAGGAGAUCCAGAAGCUGGCCACCGAGCUCUACCAGCAGAAGAGCGUGCUCAUCAUGGGCCGAGGCUACCAUUACGCCACCUGUCUGGAGGGGGCGCUGAAAAUUAAAGAGAUCACCUACAUGCACUCGGAGGGAAUCCUGGCAGGAGAGCUGAAGCACGGCCCUCUGGCUCUGGUGGACAAACUCAUGCCUGUUAUAAUGAUCAUCAUGAGGGAUCACACAUACAUCAAGUGCCAAAACGCUCUGCAGCAAGUGGUGGCAAGACAGGGUCGUCCCAUAGUGAUCUGCGACAAGGACGACUACGAGACCAUAAAGAACUCGAGCCGCAAUAUCAAAGUACCGCACUGUGUGGACUGCCUGCAGGGGAUCCUCAGUGUCAUCCCUCUCCAACUGCUGUCCUUCCACCUGGCUGUGCUCAGAGGAUACGACGUGGAUUGCCCAAGGAACUUGGCAAAGUCGGUGACGGUGGAGUAAAAGCCCUCGUGUGUCAACACCUUCAGAAUGUGACCUUUUAAAAACACACACAUGCAUACAGGAAAACAAAAUGCAUUUCUUUCUCAAACUCUUUUUACCUUGUUCCCUCUUCUGAGCCUCCGUGUGAGGAGUAGCAGCUGUUGAUUGUUUCGUCCUUUUUCGUUGGUUGGUGGUGGCAGGGUGUGGAGCGUCUGUCUUUAACACACUUCCUCCUCCGUGAUGGCUGGCUUCGUUUGUCCUGUUCAUUUCUGUUCAUUAUCGUUAGACGCCAGAUAUAUCUCUGUUGCACCUUUAGCAUAAGAGAAAAUAAUCGCCAAAAAAUAAAACCCUUACAUUAUUAUGUACAUAAAUAGUAUUGCUAGUCUAUUUAUACCAGCCAUCCCAAAUACUUUAUCUGAAACCUUCAUGCUGAUUAGUCUCGAUCCCAUGGACUGUUACAUCAUUUAUUUUAUCAUGCACAGUUACCAUAGCCAGUGCUGCUUUGUCGCAUCCAGAUGUUUAACUCAUAUAUCCAGUGUAGCAGUGCAUGCAAUGUUCAACGCAAGGUAAAUACGUAGACGUGUUCAGAAACGUCACACGAUUCCGCCAUGCACACUAAAGCCCGCGUCGGCGUAGCGGGAUCAACAGCGUUCUUCAUCGAGAAGAAUCCAGAUGUUUAAUCGCCAUGUCGUUCAGUGCCUUCACCUGGCACACGUUUCUCACUAGUUACUGAAGUCCUGACUGCAGGGAAUUUUUCUGAUUUCUGUAUUUACUUGAAUUUUUAUCUUCUGCAUAGUUACACAAGUUUCUGUCUUUACCUCUGCUCUGGAAGCUUCUUUAGCCGAGUUUUCACCGAACCUAGUCGUAUACAUACCGAGGUGGUGCUAAAUCUGAAGACGUGGAUUCAUGUUAAUGAAUAACUUUUGGUUCAUUGCUACAGUAGCACUUCACGAUGUCGGUCUGGUGAUAUCCACAUGUAACGCCUCCGUUCUGUUUCUGUAUUGGAGACGUUUAUUUAACAUGAAUGGAAGGAGUCUCCAGUGUCAGGCUCUAAAUCCUUCAGGACGGAGGACGUGUAGGCUUUCCGUUUUCUCUGUAACGUUAUAAAUUCGUGUCUGAUGAAAGUGCUAAAUCGUGAGCUUCACAAUAAUCUCCAUGUAUUUUUUGUUUUGUUUGUAUUUUUUAAAUAAAAAUUUUUGUUUGUAAGUUUACAGUGUAUCUGCCAGUGGAAGCAGAAAAUCACCGAAAACAUGAAGUCAAUCUAUUUUCUUUCUUUCUUGUCAUUUGUUUUUGUGUACACAGCUACUCCACACCAUGCCACCUGCCUCCUCUUUGAAUGUUACCAGGGACCAUCCGCUUUAUUCUUGUGCUUUAGUUCGUGGGUUUUUCCUUUUUUGUUCUAUAUUAAUGUUGUUUUUUUUUUACUGGUAUAUUCUUUAUUAUUUGUAAUGCCUAUAUGUAAUUUGUAAACCUAUAUAAGUGUAAAAAUCUCAUCUUGUUAUUUUGAAUUUUCUCCUUUUUUGUUCUUGAAAUUAUUGAUGAUGAUGAUGAUAAUAAUAAUAAUAAUAAUAGUUAUUGUUAUUAUUAUUAUGGUGAAAUGGCUUGCUUGAUUGAUUGAUUAGUUUUUCGAAGGAUCAGGCAGGUUUAAAGCUGAAGUACUAGCAACCCUUCUCUAUUUAUUGAUAAUCAUCUCGAUUCCCUUCUCUUCGACUCUACCUGUUUAUUUAAGCCCUUUAUUAUUAGCAGUCAUGUUGGGGGCGAGUCUGCGUUUUCACCGUAAUCCCAGCGUGCAGUAAUAUGUUUAGAGUCUAAUAUCGAAUAAUCCUUAUACAUAAAUGCUGCUGAGUCUCUUGUAACUCUCCUCCGAGUUUUAGAGCCUUCUUUCCUGAGUGAAAUGACGGCGCUGUGUCAUCCAUCGUGUUUUGAAUGUUGGUGAUGGGAUUUUAUCUACGACCCGAGUAGUUGCAAUAAAAUAGUCAACAAUUA